AUGAAGUUCGAUGACGUGUUACCAGAAGUGAACGGCUUCGGGCCGUUCCAGUUUAGGCUGAUGCUCGCGUUGAUGAUUCCUCGUCUGAUUUUGCCCUUUCAAUUUCUGCUGAAUAAUUUCAUCGCAUUUAUUCCUUCUCACCACUGCAACGUCAGUGCUUUAGAUGAUGGGGGACUUUUUAGGGGUCUCUCCAGUGAGGAAAGGCUCAUUGUUAGUAUUCCAGUCCAGGACGACGGGAGUCUGAGUUCUUGUCAGAUGUUUGCAGAGCCUCAAUAUCAUCUGUUGCUGAACUCCUCCAAUACUGCAGCGCUACCUACAGUUCUUUGUCAGAAUGGAUGGGUGUUUGAUGCAUCCACCAUGAAGUCUACUCUGGCCACUGAGUGGGAUCUGGUUUGUGAGCGAAAGAGAGUCAACAAAACCACAGCCACUAUCUUCUUCCUUGGCGUCAUGCUUGGAGCAGCGGUGCUUGGCUAUCUCAGUGACCGAUUUGGUAGGAAAUCAAUGCUCUUGGUGUCCUAUCUGAUCACCGCGAUCUUCGGAUUUGGAAGUGCUCUGUCAUCUAAUUACGCCAUGUUUGCAGUCAUGAGGUUCUUUGCCGGUUUUGGAAGUUCUGGAGUCAGCGUAAUCAGCGUGGUUCUGUGUAUCGAAUGGGCGGACAUCAAGCGUCGGUCUUCUGUGUUAAUUUUACUAAGCAUGGACUGGAGUUUGGGCAGUUCGCUGCUAGGUGCGCUGGCCUAUUUAGUGAAUGACUGGAGGUACUUGAUAGCCGCCUCAUCCAGCCCGCUUUUGCCGGGAAUCAUUUAUUGGUGGUGGCUACCUGAGUCUUCCAGAUGGCUGAUAAGCCAAGGGAAGGUUAACCGUGCUUAUUUUUACCUAAACAAGUGUGCAAAGGUAAACCGGAGAGAGCAGUUCAUGAAUGACCUAAAACCUGAGGGUUUGUCAAAAAUCAUUGUGGUAGAAAAAGAGAAAAGAAAAUAUUCUGUUUUGGAUCUGCUGAGGACUCCCAGGAUGAGGAGACUGACUGUAAUUUCUGGGGCUGUGUGGUUUGGAGUAGCCUCCAGUUAUUACGGAAUCAGCUUGAAUGUCGCUGGAUUCGGCGUGAACAUUUAUGUGACACAGUUGAUCUACGGAUUCUGUGAAAUUCCAGCCAAAGUUUUCUGCUUUUUUUCCUUGAACAAACUCGGACGAAAGUUCAAUCAGAUCGGUGGACUUCUUCUGACUGGACUGUGUUUGUUUUGCAACAUGCUAAUCCCGCCCGAUAUGGCAGCAUGUCGGACGGCAGUGGCGGCAUUGGGCAAGAUGUUUUCUGAAGGAGCUUUUACUGUUUUGUAUUUGUACACAACUGAACUGUAUCCGACAGUAUUGAGGCAAAACGGUUUUGGCUGCUGUUCCUUCCUUGGCCGUCUCGGUGUGGCAGUAUCUCCUCUGGUGGCUCUUCUCGAGGAAGUGUGGGUUGGUUUACCAAGACUCACGUUUUCCAUAAUGGCUUUAGGUGCUGGGUUGUUGACCAUGCUUCUUCCUGAGACAAAUAACGCCCACCUGCCGGAGACAAUUGAAGACGUGGAACGGGCGAAAAGCUCGGAGUCCACAUCAAACAAGGACUCUCCACCAUAGUUUUUGCAAUUGCAACGGGA